AUGAAAAGCAUUACUGGCUGGGGUAAGGUUCAACCAGUGCUUUACGCAUAUAAUUCUCUUGGCAAUCCUGGCUCAGCAUAUUUUCGUAAACCUGGUGAUCCUAAUAUUCUAACCGAUCCCGUUGUGACGAAAAUCGCUGCGGCACAUAGAAAGACACCAGCUCAGGUUGCACUUCGUUGGGCCGUGCAACAGAACGUAAUUGUCAUUCCGAAAUCGACAUCAGAAAAGCGAAUCAAAGAGAACGCAGCUGUGUUCGACUUCCAGCUGACCGAAGCCGAAAUGAAGGAGAUCGACGGGCUCGACCGCGGAUGGCGUAUCGUCGACCUCAGUGCUAGCUGUUCCGAUCAUCCUCAUUUCCCACUUUUGGAGGAAUAUUAA